AUCAUUUUGAUACAGGUUUAAGAGACGUUAAAGAAAAUAAUCCAAACCUUGCUGAACAACCACUCAGUCAAGCUUUAAAGAUUUUAUCCGUGGGCCAAAUUCCUCAAAAUUCAAUGGAGAGAAAGCGACAUGUUUUCAUACCAUGGCCGAGAUAUAUUUAACCCGAGCCUCUCAACAGCUGGAUGACGACGCUUUUUGUGAAAUGAUGGUUAAUUGCUCUGUUCGAGUCUGAGCGAAUCUACAAGUACGGCAGUUACAAAGAAGACAAAGAAUUCAACACGGCAAUCUUAGAAGCAGAGGUAAAGUUUGUUGAUAGAGUAUUCGGCCCUAGUGGUGUUGAACGCUUUAAGGAAAUGAGCGAUCAUAGAAGAAUACUGAAUCGCAAAAAAAUUGGAAGAAGUUCGUUCAAAGGUCACUAAAGGUGAUAAUUUUCUUCAUCAGUUCAUAGAAGGCUCAACCCAUCGUGCUGGUAAUAAGCUUGACUUGUUAUUCUGUAAUAAUGCUGAGAAGUUAUCCGAUGUAUUAACGUUUUCGCCUGAAGAACACAAUUUGCCUACUGAUCACCACAUUGUUGAAUUCAGUAUCCGUACGAAAUUCACAAGAGCAAAACCCCUGCGUCGUGCUGUCUUUGACUACAACAAAACGGACUUUUCCGCACUACGUAGAGCAUUGUCAGAAGCACACUUGGACAUAUCUUUUGUGAAUAAUAUCGAUAAGUGCUGGGAACAGUGGAAGGACGCAUUUCUAUCUGUUGUGACCAGAUUCGUUCCAAUCAAACUUGUGCAGGUUACCAACUCUCCUCCUUGGAUUGACGGUGAAGAUCGCCAUCUAAUUCGUAAAAAAUAUACUGCUCUACGGCACUAUAGGAAAAACAAGACAUCUACACGCAAGAUCAAACUACGAACUCCGUGUAAACAAAUCAAGUACGCAAUCAGAACUAAACAUAAAAUGUACCUAACUAAGAUUGAAGCAUCGUUUAAAGAUAACCCUAAAAUGUUUUGGAGUUACCACAAAGCUAUACUUCAUCCCCGAUCCACGAUAAACUCUGUAAUAACCUUAGAUUAG